GGCGCGCUUGCUUCGCUCUGCGGCGCCGCCAGUCCCGUUAUCCCGAGGGAGGAGGAAAGGGAAAGCCCGGCAGGAUGUCCUGCUGCUGCUGCUGCUGCAGCUGAGAGAGGCGAGACUGAGAUGCCGCCGCCGCCGCGCCCUGGCUGGAGGUGAGCGCACGCCGUGGGGGAGUCCCCCUCCGUGCGCCCCAGCGAUGUUCCCGGCCCGCGAGGCCGCGCAGCCGGGCGGAGCCCCGGCGAGCCCGGAGGCCCCUCCACCGGCACCGCCCGUGGCCGAGCUGAGCGACGCCGAGCUGGGCGGCUGCAGCAAAGAGGAGCUGGUGCGCCGCCUGCGCCACGAGGAGGCCGAGAAGCUGGCGGCGCUGGUGCAGCGUGGCCGCCUGAUCCAGGGCGUCAAUCGGCAGCUCCAGGAGCACCUCCGCGAGAUCCGCGAGCUGAAGGCCGUCAACGGGCGGCUGCAGGCCGAGAACCGCGAGCUGCGCGACCUGUGCUGCUUCCUCGACGAGGACCGCCUCAAGGCCAAGCGGCUGGCGCGCCACUGGCAGCUCUUCGGGCACCACGCGGCGCAGGUGCUGCGCGACGAGGUGGCCGCCUGCCUGCGCAAGCUGGCCGGCCUGGAGGGUCUGCAGGAGCGCCUGGCCAAGGACAACCUGGAGCUCAAGGAGCUCUGCCUGGCCCUCGAGGAGGAGUGCGCCUCCGUCCGGCCCGACGCCACCCCCAGCCCCGGCGGCGGCUCUUCGGAGCUCAGCCUGCCCUGCGGACCCCGCGACCUGGGCGACGGCAGCUCCAGCACCGGCAGCGUCGGCAGCCCGGACCAGCUGCACCCCGCCUGCUCCCCCGACGACUAAGGGGCAGCCUUUCCAGCCCACCCGUGGGCCGCGGCGGCGGGGCUUUCCCAGUGGGAGGCGCUG